AUGGAUAAUCAUGUGAAGCAAGAGAUUCAACCAACUACUUCUCCGGCCGCCUUUACGCAAGGAGAAACCGUAACUUUAAUCGAUCUCUGUAGCAGCGAUGAUUCAGACGUUGAGGAAAACGUGAAUGGAUUGGAGGAUGUGGGAAGUGCUGACCGAAGAAGGUAUAAUUCUGGAAACCCUGUUUGUGCAAAGAGAGCACGAGAUGCUUUGGAAGUGGAAAGGAAUAAUAAUGCAAAGAAGGCAACAGUUGAUGAGCUAGCAGUCAGGUUGCCGGAGGGAUUUAGCCAAUCGCUUCCGCCUGAAGAUGUGACUUACGCUUUUCCGGCUGCUCCGUGCAAUUUCUUCGUGCCUAAUUCUUCACCGCAGCCCUCUUCCGGCAUGUCUGGUCGAACUGGUAGUUGUAAGCAGUUCUGGAAAGCUGGGGAUUAUGAAGGAGCACCUGGCGGUAAUUGGGAUCUUUCUUCAGGUGGCUUUGAUCAUGUAAGAGUCCAUCCUAAGUUCUUACAUUCUAAUGCAACCAGCCAUAAAUGGGCUCUUGGAGCUUUUGCAGAGCUUUUGGACAAUGCAUUGGAUGAGGUUGCUAGUGGAGCUACGUACGUUAAGGUAGAUAUGCUCGAAAACAAGAAAGCAGGAAACAGGAUGUUAUUGAUAGAAGAUAAUGGAGGUGGGAUGGAUCCUGAAAAAAUGCGACAAUGCAUGUCUCUAGGAUACUCUGCCAAAAGCAAACUUGCUAAUACCAUUGGACAAUAUGGCAAUGGAUUUAAGACUAGUACGAUGAGACUUGGAGCUGAUGUCAUUGUAUUCUCGCGUUGCCCUGGAAAAGAUGGAAAAAGCUCUACGCAGAGCAUCGGGCUUCUAUCAUAUACAUUUCUGAGGAGCACAGGAAAGGAGGAUAUUGUUGUACCCAUGCUUGACUACAAAAGAAAAGACUCUGAAUGGAGUAAAAUUGUACGCUCUUCCAUUCGUGACUGGGAUAAGAAUGUGGAAACGAUAAUUCAAUGGUCGCCAUUCUCCAGUGAAGAAGAUCUUCUUCAUCAGUUUGAUCUAAUGAGCGAUCGUGGCACACGGAUAAUCAUAUAUAACCUGUGGGAAAAUGACCAAGGAAUGCUAGAACUCGAUUUUGAUGCUGAUCCGCAUGAUAUCCAACUUAGAGGCGUCAAUCGGGAUGAGAAAAACAUCAAAAUGGCUUCUGAGUAUCCUAAUUCUAGACACUUCCUAACAUACAAGCACUCACUAAGGAGUUAUGUAUCAAUCCUCUACCUAAGAAUUCCUCCUGGGUUUCGUAUGAUUCUUCGAGGAAGUGAUGUUGAGCACCACAACGUAGUAAACGACAUGAUGCAGACUGAGCAUAUCACAUAUCGACCACAGUAUGGUGUCGAUGGAGGAUUUGUUAAAGAUUCAAAUAUGUCUGCCGUUGUAACUAUUGGAUUUGUGAAGGACGCAAGACAUCAUGUCGAUGUUCAAGGGUUCAAUGUCUACCACAAAAAUCGGCUCAUCAAGCCAUUUUGGAGGAUAUGGAAUGCAUCAGGCAGUGAUGGUCGUGGGGUCAUAGGUGUUCUUGAAGCCAAUUUUGUCGAGCCUGCACAUGAUAAGCAAGGAUUUGAGCGUACGACAGUUCUUUCUAGACUCGAGACACGGCUAAUCCAAAUGCAAAAGAUAUAUUGGAGCACUAACUGUCACAAAAUCGGCUAUGCGCCUAGGCGACACAAAGGUUCUGUAAACGGUUAUGAUUACAAAGAAUCAUCGCCAGAAAAUGAUCCUGGAUAUGAUCCAUCUAGAAGAAACGCUUCACAUUCCAUCAGUACCUCGGACAAAUUCUGCUCAAGCUCAUAUAAAGGGGACAAUGGUGCAUCAUCAGAUAAAGAACUGUUAUUGCAAAAGGAGCUGCGACGCGAGAAAGAACGUAACAAGGAACUUGAAGCUGAGGUUAAUGAAGCAAGGCAACAAAUAGAAAAUAUGCGUAAAGAGCAACAGAGUCUAGUUGAUAUAUUCUCAGAGGAACGAGACAGGCGUGAUGGAGAGGAGGAAAGUCUGAGAAAUAAGCUCGAGGAGGCAUCGAAUACGAUCGAGGUGCUGUUGGAUAAGGUUAGAAAGCUUGAAGGAUCUAAAGGUCCGAAUUGGAGACGCUAA